UGACAAACGGGCAUCAUGGGGCGGAACAAUUGAGCGGUUUCUGAAAUCUCUUUCCUGUCCUGGGAUAGAAAGAAGAGGGGGAAAUACUUAUGUUUAUUUCCAUUUCAUAAAUCACACACAGCUCCUGGUGGUGUGUGUGAUUGCGGGCCAGCGGGACCGAGGUCGGGGCCAGCGGGACCGAGGUCGGGGCCAGCGGGACCGAGGUCGGGGCCAGCGGGACCGAGGUCGGGGCCAGCGGGACCGAGGUCGGGGUCUGCGGGACCGAGGUCGGGUCCGCGAGCCGGUGCUUGUUUCCUCUCCUACCCCAGCGAGUGGUGAUCCGAAAGGCCUCAGGAACGUGGAAAGAUGAAAGGCCUCAGGAACCUGGGUUUAGGUGACCAGCAACAGUGACCAUGUCUCAGUCUGGAGAGAAAGGGAAAUUCCCUGAGGCGGCGGGAUAUGUGGGUUUUGCCAACCUGCCCAACCAGGUACACAGGAAGUCUGUGAAGAAGGGAUUUGAGUUCACCCUCAUGGUCGUUGGAGAGUCUGGUUUGGGCAAGUCUACGCUGAUCAACAGCCUGUUUCUGACAGACCUUUACCCAGAGAGAUACAUCCCUGGGGCCGCAGAGAAGAUUGAGCGGACGGUGCAGAUAGAAGCCAGUACGGUGGAGAUUGAAGAGAGAGGAGUGAAGCUCCGUCUUACUGUGGUCGACACCCCUGGAUACGGAGAUGCCAUCAACAGCCAAGACUGCUUUAAGACCAUCAUCCAGUACAUUGAUAACCAGUUUGAGCGUUACCUUCAUGACGAGAGUGGCCUGAACCGCAGACACAUCGUAGACAACCGAGUCCACUGCUGCUUCUACUUCAUCUCUCCCUUUGGACACGGUCUGAAGCCUCUGGAUGUGGAGUUUAUGAAGGCCAUCCACAGCAAGGUCAACAUCGUCCCUGUCAUUGCUAAGGCUGACACACUCACACUGAAAGAAAGAGACCGCCUUAAGAAGAGGAUCCUAGAUGAGAUUGCAGAGCAUGGCAUCAGGAUCUACCAACUGCCAGACGCGGACUCAGAUGAGGAUGAGGAGUUCAAGGAGCAGACACGAAUACUGAAGGCGAGCAUUCCGUUUUCUGUGAUUGGUUCAAACCAGCUGAUUGAGGUGAAAGGAAAGAAGAUCAGAGGCCGUCUCUACCCCUGGGGGGUCGUAGAGGUGGAGAACCCCGAGCAUAACGACUUCCUCAAACUACGCACCAUGCUUGUCACCCACAUGCAGGACCUCCAGGAGGUCACUCAGGACCUGCACUACGAGAACUUCCGUUCAGAGAGACUGAAGAGACCUGGCAGAGCUGUGGAGGAGGAUAUGAUGGACAAAGACCAGAUUCUCCUGCAGAAGGAGGCUGAGCUGAGGCGUAUGCAGCAGAUGAUUUCCCAGAUGCAGGCGCAGAUGAAGAUGAAGGGAGACGAGUGAAAAUAGAGGGAUUGAAAGAGGGAGUUGGGGAAGAGAUGAGAGGAGCCCCACACCCCUCAACCCCACUGUGCGUCUGCAUCUCCAUCAUGGACGUUCUGCUGGACACACACAUCACUCCCUAUCUCUCAGUGUGUCAGUCAAUCAAUCAAGCAAUCAACCACCCAAUUGGAUGUUCCCCUCUCUAACAUAAUUGUAAUUAUAAAAUCUUCAAUUUGGCCUCUAUUUUACCAUGGUACUGAGAUCCACUGAUCUGCAAGUCUCAGUAUUGUUUUGGGAACUGUUACUCACGUUGUAACACGUUUCAUACUAAGGUAUGUUUGUCUGGAGUGUUAUCCUUUAUUGUGUAAUGUUAUGAUAUGGGUUAUGAUAUAAUGUUAAGGCAUACUGAAAAUACAGAAUUUCCAUGUUCUCCCAAUAGGUGACUAAAGAUGAUGUCCGUGUGUUUUCAUCCGCACUAGUAUUCUGUCUCAUGUACAAUGUAGAUCUUGCAUUGCCAACAGUACUAAUAUCUCAUUGGUUAGACAACAAUAAGACUUCAGUGUUUACAGAAUGUUUGGGGAAUGUUUUGAGUAACUUAAAGUGGCUAUCAGCAGUUGAAACGAUAGCAAAGCUCUCACCCCACUGUUACGGUUAAAAGCUGGGGGGGAAGGACUGGAGAAAUGUGACCACUCAAAUUCAAAGACAGAGUUAUGGAUGCAAGGACUGACCAUCCAUUAUAUCAAAAUGAUAGUUUUAACCAUGUUUUUAGGCUAUACAGUGUUUGUUUACAUUUACUUUGUUUACAAACAUUGGAGUCAAAAAUAUUAUAUUUUGGUUUCUGUUUGGGUAUGGCAGUUGUGCUUUGCUCAUGAGGCUUUUGUAAGUUAUAUUCUUCAAGAAUCAAUAGGUACAUAUCAUUAAUUUGUAAAUCCAAAAAUGACGGUAGCAACUGCUGAUUGCCCCUUUAAAGGAAGGUUUGUUGAGAGCUGGAUGUUGUGUUUUUACCAUUUGCAACCUGUCUUUGCUUUCAUAUUUGGAGCACAGCUGAGGACUCAGUCCAUGCUGUAGGUGUAGUAAUAAUAGUGUCCCUCAGGUGGCGCUGUAGUCUAUGUUCAACAGCACAACACAUGGAAAAUAACUAUAAGGGUAAUAAUAUAUAAGGGUAAUACAGGCUUGUGUGGAAGUAUCCCACAGUCUCACAUUUUAUUUUAAACUUUAUCACUUUUGCUCUAUAUUAUGAAAGAUUUAUGUAACUUAACUUUGUCUGUGCCUCUGUUGUAUUGGAUGGAGACCAGUGCAGGCUGGUAGAAAGAACUAUAGGGGGACGGGCUCAUUGUAAUGGCUGGAAUGGAGGAAUGAAAUAAAUGGGAACGAAGUCUAAUGUGGUUUCCAUAUGUUUGAUGUGUUUGAUACCGUUCCAUUUAUUCCAUUCCAGCCAUUACAAUGAGUCUGUUUUCCUAUAGCUCCUCCCAACAGCCUCCACUAAUGGAGACGGUUUGCCUUGGUCUCUCUGGGUCAGUCUCCUCAGACGAGGUUUUACUGAGCUGAAUUCCUCACCAUGUAAUCUUAUAAGUCAAGUAUCAACAGCAGAAGGCUGUUGGUUGUGUCGUCAUUAUACAGAGAAUAUUUGCCCUCGUGUUUGAAGAAUGCUCUGAAGUGACUUGAUAGCUAAAAUGUGUAUGCAUCAUGUGGGUGUACGUACUGUCUAGAAUAAAUGUUGGUGCAUUCAAGAUGCAACUGAUAAUGCUUGUUAAGUGAUCAUGUUAAUUCAAGUGUUUUCAAACCAUGCACAACCGUGUGUUGGUUAAUAUACUUUUUUUUUUUAUCGCCUAAGACUUGCACUACAAAACCUUACAUCACCCUUUGUCUUUAAUAGUUACAUUAUAUUAUGAGCAGUCUUAGUAUAGAUGUGUUUUUGUUUAUUUGGUCAUGUUCGGGGUCUUCAUUUUAUCACAAUGAUUUACUGUAUGCACAAACAUACUGACAUCUUCUGAUAUUGGCUAGCUCCAUGCAACUUACAGUAUUGAACACAAUUCCAUUUUCUGAAUUCCCAACUAUAUUCCGAUUCACCAUGUCUGCCAGCCCACUCUAGGCUGCUGACUGUUAUACAGUGAACACACUAACGCCUCUCAAUGUGUCCUUCGUGUUUAAGAGCUUUAUCGUUAGUCAGUGUGUCAUUGUCUAUGUAACUUGUUUCUUUCUGCCUAGUUGAUCAACAGAUUUAUACCUUUGAACCCUGGAGGCAUUAACCCAGCGUUUCCCAAACUCGGUCCUGGGGACCCCAAGAGGUGCAUAUUUAGUUGUUUGCCCAAGCACUACACAGCUGAUUCAAAUAAUCAACUCAUUAAGCUUUAAUUAUUUGAAUCAGCUGUGUAAUGCUAGGGGGGGAACAAAACGUGUACUCCUUAAGGUCCCUAGGACUUAAUUUGGGAAACACCGUAAUUAACCUAACUGUGCUUGAAACUGUUUUUUUUUAGUAGUGUCUCAACUUUUGUACUCCAUUUUCAGAAAUACAGUUUCCAUAGAAACA